CAAACCAAAGACACUCCUUCGAUAUAAAGUAUUUUUUAACUAAAAUAAUAACCUGUCAGUUUGUCACUUUCACGAAGUUGGAGUAAUAACAUGUUCAAAUACUUAAUACAUUGGCUCGAAUCUAGGUUUUGCCUUUAGAUUUCGAGAAAAUGUACGACUAAGGAAUAAUUUUUCACUUAUGACUUCUCAAACGCCAAAUCCCAACAUCGUUCUACUUACUAGAGUCUGCUUCCCCAGCGGUCCCGGUAGACUCGGGAUGUUGUGUCUGGGUUUAGGAAUUCUGGUUAUGUAAUUUCCUCAUGAAGUUGAAAGUAAGUUUGUAGACGAAUGCACUUACAAAAUGGAUGUUGAAACUGUGGCGCACAUUUCUCGGCAACAUUAGAAGUCGGGUAAAAGUAUUGAUUUGAAGGAAAGACGAGCAGACUCUGGUAAGUCUAGAGGCUACAUACAAACUAUUAUAAAGUUAGUUCGUCUUCAGACAUUUAAUAGUCCAGAGUAGGUUUGAUCUAUGAUCACUGAUCAUCAUGUGUGUAGUGCUGGGGAGCGCGAGGGAGCACUUUCAAUUUGAGAAUACACGAAGAAAUUAUUCUGAUCAAUUCUAAAUAAAUUAUAUUUAAUUACCAGGUAAAUGGUAACGUUACUGUUACAAAAAUAUAGCAAUUUCUAAUAAGAUUUUAGGACGGUUUACUGAAGCUGAAUAGUAAAAAAACAAUUGGAGGAUGGAUUUUAUUCAUCUUCUAAAACCGGGCUCUCCGAUCCAGUUCCUGGAGAGAUACCACCCUGUAGGUUUUCACUACUAUUCAAAACUAGUCACCUGAUUAAAAUAAUUAGUUGGUUUAUAACUUAAAUCAGGUUAGUUACAACUGGGGUUGGAGUGAAACCCUACCGGAGGGUAGAGCUCCAGGAACAGGGUUGGAGUGAAACCCUACCGGAGGGUAGAGCUCCAGGAACAGGGUUGGAGUGAACUGUAAUGAUAGGCACUUCAAUAGGCUACAUCUGUCGGUACAAACUUUGAAGAAAUUUUGACGUAAUUUACAUAUUUUCUUGCGCUCCCUCACCUAAAAAAAAUACAUCACUGCUUUUCAAGCUGACCGACCUGAUGGCCUUGGCUACAUUCUCUGUCCUGCUACUGGUAGGACUAUAACAUUAUGUGAACUGACCUGAACAGGUUUAGACUGGUCAUCUAUGAUAUGUAGGUUAUAUACAGUACAUUCUCUGUCCUGCUACUGGUAGGACUAUAACAUUAUUUGAACUGAUCUGAGCAGGUUUAGACUGGUCAUCUAUGAUAUGUAGGCUAUAGCCGAGGUAUAGACCUCGAUGUGCAUAUCACUAACAACCCACUAUUAUACAUUAUAACCUAGCCUACUUUACAUAAUAUAACACCUCUUACUUGUCGCAAAAAACCUUUCUGAAUUGAUCAAUGAUUUCCCCCUCAGAUCAAUCACUCCAGUUUUAUCCAUUCUGUCUAUAUUCUCAGAUACAUUUUGAAAAUAACAGAUUGAAAGACAAUAAAUAGCUACUUUUAAUUAAUACAAAUAAGUGUGAGACCUUAACUAUAACUGUCUAUAACUACCUUAACAAACAGUGACUUAUUAUUAUUAUUAUUAUUGUUGCUGUACUGUCUAUAACUACCUUAACAAACAGUGACUUAUUAUUAUUAUUAUUAUUAUUAUUAUUGUUGUUGCUGUACUGUCUAUAACUACCUUAACAAACAGUGACUUAUUAUUAUUGUUGACAGUUACCAUGGAGAUGAAAUGUCACAACUACAUGUUCAUGUGAUGCAUUAAAUCACCUGACUGUUUCUAUGUCUGUUAGUAAAUGUUUUAUAAGAGAUAAUUAAUAAAUGAUAACAAUUGACAUUCAAGAAUUACUGUUAACCACAACCAACAUGCUGGAUCUCUGUUUAGGGGUCCAUGCCUCUAAAAUGAGUCUCUCUGAGGAGAGAGAGGAGGGGGGUCCUGCCUCUAAAAUGAGUCUCUCUGGGGAGAGAGAGGAGGGGGGCCCUGUCUCUAAAAUGAGACACUCUGGGGAACAUGACAUCAAAGCUAAGAGACCAAUCAAGCAGGAGAGACCAGCCUCCCCUGUUCCCAGCUGUGUGUCCAUGAAGAGUGACCGGUCUAUGGAACAACCUCUAACCUUUAGAGAGGGAGACUUUUCUACUGAACAAAGUCCAAUCAAGCAGGAGAGACCAGCCUCCCCUGUUCCCAGCUGUGUGUCCAUGAAGAGUGACCGGUCUAUGGGUCAUCCUAUAUCCUUUAGAGAGGGAGACUUUUCUACUGAACAAAGUCCAAUCAAGCAGGAGAGACCAGCCUCCCCUGUUCCCAGCUGUGUGUCCAUGAAGAGUGACCGGUCUAUGGGUCAUCCUAUAUCCUUUAGAGAGGGAGACUUUUCUACUGAACAAAGUCCAAUCAAGCAGGAGAGACCAGCCUCCCCUGUUCCCAGCUGUGUGUCCAUGAAGAGUGACCGGUCUAUGGAUCGUCCUAUAUCCUUUAGAGAGGGAGACUUUUCUACUGAACAAAGUCCAAUCAAGCAGGAGAGACCAGCCUCCCCUGUUCCCAGCUGUGUGUCCAUGAAGAGUGACCGGUCUACGGGUCAUCCUAUAUCCUUUAGAGAGGGAGACUUUUCUACUGAACAAAGCCCAAUCCAUCCGGAGAGACCAGACUCACCCAGCUAUCUGUCCAUGAAUAAUGACGGGUCUAUGGACAUUUUCUAUGAUUGCGAAGAUGGAUACUUUUCUGCAUUUACAGGACCAAUCAAGCGGAAGAGACCAGCCUCCCCUGUACCCAGCUGUGUGUCCAUGAAGAGUGACCAGUCUAUGGGUCAUCCUAUACUGUUCAGAGAGGGAGACUUUUCUACUGAACAUUUACAUUUAAGUCAUUUAGCAGACGCUCUUAUCCAGAGCGACUUACAAGUUGGACAAAGAAACCAACAGGAGAGAUCAGAGUCAGAGAUUCUCAGUGGUCAGUCUUCCCAGAGUCAUCAAACAGACCUGGCCUCCAUAUUCAGUUUGCUUGAAGAGUUAAUUAUGACAUUUGUGAAGAACGAGCUGAAGAUGUUCAAGAGGAUUCUUAGUCCAGAACUCCCAGAAGGCUUUGAGAGUCAGAAGCAGGAUAAGGAAGUGGUGGAUGCUGAAGAUGAGAAGCAGGAGAGCAGUGCCAGAGAGGGGGCUCUGAAGAUCACACUGCACAUCCUGAGGAAAAUGAACCAGAAGGAGCUUGCUGACACACUGGAGAAAUAUUCAGAUGAGCUAGCUGUGAUUUGCCAAAGUAAACUCAAAUCUAAUCUAAAGAAGAAGUUUCAAUGUGUAUUUGAGGGGAUCGCUAAACAAGGAAACCCAACACUUCUCAAUAAGAUCUACACAGAGCUCUACAUCACAGAGGGUGGAACAGGAGAGGUCAAUAAUGAACAUGAGCUGAGACAGAUUGAGACAACAACCAGGAAACAAGCAAGACCAGAGACUGCAAUCAAAUGUAACGACAUCUUCAAACCCUUAACUGGAGAAGACAAACUUAUCAGAACUGUGCUGACAAAGGGAGUCGCUGGCAUUGGAAAAACAGUCUCUGUGCAGAAGUUCAUUCUGGACUGGGCUGAUGGAAAAGCAAAUCAGGAUGUCCAAUUUGUAUUUUCAUUCCCUUUUCGGGAGCUGAAUUUGAUGAAAGAGGACAAACACACUUUCAUUGAACUUCUCAAUCACUUCUCAAUGGAAACCAAACAAUCAGGAAUCUCCAACUACGACAAGUACAAAGUUCUGUUCAUCUUUGAUGGUCUAGAUGAGUGCCGACUGCCCCUAGACUUCCAGAAGAACAAGAUCUGUUGGGACGUCACAGAGUCAACCUCCGUGGAUGUUCUGCUGACAAAUCUCAUCAAGGGAAAUCUGCUUCCCUCUGCUCUCCUCUGGAUAACUACCCGACCUGCAGCAGCCAAUAAGAUCCCUUCAGAGUGUGUUCACCAGGUGACAGAGGUACGAGGGUUCAAUGACCCACAGAAGGAGGAGUACUUCAGGAAGAGAUUCAGUGAUGAGGACCUGGCCAGCAGAAUCAUCUCACACAUAAAGACGUCAAGGAGCCUCCACAUCAUGUGCCACAUUCCAGUCUUCUGUUGGAUUUCUGCAACAGUCCUUGAACACAUGCUGGAACAUAAGAGAGAAGAGAUGCCCAAGACUCUGACUGAGAUGUACACACACCUUGUGGUGUUUCAUACCAAACAGAAGAAUGAAAAGUAUCUUGGGAAAGAAGAGACAGGUCCACACUGGAAUAAAGAGAGCAUUCUGUCACUGGGAAAACUGGCUUUUCAACAGCUUGUGAAUGGCAAUCUGAUUUUCUAUGAAGAAGACCUGAAAGAGGCUGGCAUUUAUGUAAAUGAAGCCUCAUUGUACUCAGGAUUGUGCACACAGCUCUUUAAAGAGGAAUGUGGGCUGUACCAGAACAAGGUGUACUGCUUUGUUCAUCUGAGCAUUCAGGAGUUUCUGGCUGCUGUAUAUGUGUUCCUCUCAUUCAUCAGCAACAAUGAGAAUCUAAUGGACAAACUGCAAACAAAGUCCAGCAUCUUUUCUUUGCUGUUCAGAGACAAUGCUGAAGUUACUUUCUACAAGAGUGCUGUAGAUAAAGCCUUACAAAGUGAGACGGGAAACCUGGACCUUUUCCUCCGCUUCCUUCUGGGCCUCUCACUGGAGUCGAAUCAGAAGCAUUUACGAGGUCUACUGACAAAAACAAGAAGCAGCUCACAGACCCAUGAAGAAACAGUGAAGUACAUCAAGGAGAAGAUCGGGGAGAAUCUCUCUCCAGAGAGGAGCAUCAAUCUGUUCCACUGUCUGAAUGAACUGAAUGACCAUUCUCUAGUGGAGGAGAUCCAAAGAUACCUGAGAUCAGGAAGUCUCUCAAAACCCAUACUGUCACCUGCACAGUGGUCAGCUCUGGUCUUUGUGUUGCUGACUUCAGAAAAGGAGCUGGAUGUGUUUGACCUGAAGAAAUACUCCAGAUCAGAGGAAGGUCUUCUGAGGAUGCUGCCAGUGGUCAAAGCCUCCAGAGCUGUUCUGCUGUCAGGCUGUGGAGUCACAGAGGAAGGCUGUGCUUCUCUGGUCUCAGCUCUGAGGUCAAACCCCUCACACCUGAGAGAGCUGGACCUGAGUAACAAUGACCUGAAGGAUUCAGGAGUGAAGCUGCUCUCUGCUGGACUGGGGAAUCCCCACUGUAAACUGGAGACUCUGAGGCUGUCAGACUGUCUAGUCACAGAGGAAGGCUGUGCUUCUCUGGUCUCAGCUCUGGAGUCAAACCCCUCACACCUGAGAGAGCUGGACCUGAGCUACAAUGACCUGAAGGAUUCAGGGGUGAAGCUGCUCUCUGCUGGACUGGGGAAUCCCCACUGUAAACUGGAGACUCUGAGGCUGUCAGGCUGUCUAGUCACAGAGGAAGGCUGUGCUUCUCUGGUCUCAGCUCUGAGGUCAAACCCCUCACACCUGAGAGAGCUGGACCUGAGCUACAAUCACCCAGGAGACUCAGGAGUCAGACUGCUCUCUGCUGGACUGGAGGAUCCACACUGCAGACUGGAGAAACUCAAUGUGGAACAUGGUGGAGACAACAGAAUGAAACCUGGGCUUAGAAAAUAUGUCUGUGAUCUCACACUGGACUCAAACACAGUAUUCAGAUACUGCUUUCUGUCUGAGGGUAACAAAAAGGUGACACAUAUGGGAAAGUACCAUCCGUAUCCUGAUCACCCAGAGAGAUUUGAGCACUGUGGAGAGGUGCUGUGUAGAGAGGGUCUGACUGGGCGCUGUUACUGGGAGGUAGAGUGGAGUGGGAGAGGAGAGAAAGAGUGGUAUGGGAGAAGGGUUGAUAUAGGAGUGACAUAUAAAGGAAUCAGCAGGAGAGGAGAGGGUGAUGACUGUUGGCUUGGAUUCAAUGACAAGUCCUGGAGUCUGCGCUGCUCUGACAACAGUUACUAUGCCAGGCACAAUAAUAAUUCCACUACCAUAGACGUCUCCUCCUUCAGCUCCCACAGAGUAGGAGUGUAUCUGGACUGGCCAGCCGGCACUCUGUCCUUCUAUAGAGCCUCCUCUGACACACUGACCCAUCUGCACACAUUCCACACCACAUUCACUGAACCCCUCUAUCCAGGGUUUCAUCUUUGGGGUUCUGGUGUCUCAGCGUCCCUUUGUCAGGUGAAUCUGAGUAACAAUGACCUGAAGGAUUCAGGAGUGAAGCUGCUCUCUGCUGGACUGGGGAAUCCCCACUGUAAACUGGAGACUCUGAGUGUGGAACAUGGUGGAGAGAACACAAUGAAACCUGGACUUAGAAAAUAUGCCUGUGAUCUCACACUGGACUCAAACACAGUAUUCAGAUACUGCUUUCUGUCUGAGGGUAACAAAAAGGUGACACAUAUGGGAAAGUACCAUCCGUAUCCUGAUCACCCAGAGAGAUUUGAGCACUGUGGAGAGGUGCUGUGUAGAGAGGGUCUGACUGGGCACUGUUACUGGGAGGUAGAGUGGAGUGGGGGAGAGGCUGAUAUAGGAGUGACAUAUAAAGGAAUCAGCAGGAGAGAAGGGGGUGAUGACUGUUGGCUUGGAUUCAAUGUCAAGUCCUGGAGUCUGCGCUGCUCUGACAACCGUUUCACUGCCUGGCAGAAUAAGAAUUCCACUACCAUAGACGUCCCCCCCUCCAACUCCCACAGAGUAGCAGUGUAUCUGGACUGGCCAGCCGGCACUCUGUCCUUCUAUAGAGCCUCCUCUGACACAUUGACCCACCUGUACACAUUCACCUCCACAUUCACUGAGCCCCUCUAUCCAGGGUUUCAUCUUUUCGGUUCUGGUGUCUCAGUGUCCCUGUGUCAGGUGUUUCCAAUGUCAAACACAACAUGAUGUUUCACUCUAAUCACUCUUAUCCAGGGUGUUUGGUAUGAAUAUCUCUCUAGUGUGUAAACCCCUCUAUCCAGGGUGUUUGGUAUGAAUAUCUCUCUAGUGUGUUAACCCCUCUAUCCAGGGUGUUUGGUAUGAAUAUCUCUCUAGUGUGUUAACCCCUCUAUCCAGGGUGUUUGGUAUGAAUAUCUCUCUAGUGUGUUAACCCCUCUAUCCAGGGUGUUUGGUAUGAAUAUCUCUCUAGUGUGUUAACCCCUCUAUCCAGGGUGUUUGGUAUGAAUAUCUCUCUAGUGUGUUAACCCCUCUAUCCAGGGUGUUUGGUAUGAAUAUCUCUCUAGUGUGUAAACCCCUCUAUCCAGGGUGUGUGGUAUGAAUAUCUCUCUAGUGUGUAAACCCCUCUAUCCAGUGUAUGACUCCUCUUCAGUGUCCCUGUGUCAGGUGGUCCCUGUGUCAGGUGGUCCCUGUGUCAGGUGGUCCCUGUGUCAGGUGGUCCCUGUGUCAAACACAACAUGAUGAUUCAAUCUAUUCUUAUGUGUUUAUUUAACUAGACAAGUCAGUUAAGAACAAAUUCUUAUUUUACAAUGACUGCCAAACCCUCCCCUAACCCAGACAAUGCUGGGCCAAACCCUCCCCUAACCCAGACGAUGCUGGGCCAAACCCUCCCCUAACCCAGACAAUGCUGGGCCAAACCCUCCCCUAACCCAGACGAUGCUGGGCCAAACCCUCCCCUAACCCAGACGAUGCUGGGCCAAACACUCCUCUAACCCAGACGAUGCUGGGCCAAUUGUGUUGCCUUUGGGACUCCCGAUCAUUAUUAUAUCGGUUGAGAUACAGCCUGGGAAUGAACCAGGGUCUGUAGUGACACCUCUAGCUCUGGGAUGCUGUGCCUUAGACCGCUGCGCCACUCAGGAGCACUUGGGUGUGUUACCCUUAACUUACCAGUCAUUUAUUGAUGUAAUGGAACACUAAGUCAAAGUUGUUCAUUAGUGGUCAGAAGUGGAUGAGAUGCCAACAUAUUUGUCUCUCAUACAUCCCACUUAUACUCGGCCCACUUACUCACCCACACACGUAGAGGGUGGAGACUUGGAGCACAGUGUCGAAAAACUCAACUCGUUGUGUUUGGAGGACAAAGAAUGCUGAGUUGCAUCCAAAUAACACCAUACAUACUGUGAAGCAUGGGGGUGGAAACAUCAUGCUUUGGGGCUGUUUUUUUGCAAAGGGACCAGGACGACUGAUCCGUGUAAAGGAAAGAAUGAAUGGGGCCAUGUAUCGUGAGAUUUUGAGUGAAAACCUCCUUCCAUCAGCAAGGGCAUUGAAGAUGAAACGUGGCUGGGUCUUUCAGCAUGACAAUGAUCCCAAACACACCGCCCGGGCAACGAAGGAGUGGCUUCGUAAGAAGGAUUUCAAGGUCCUGGAGUGGCCUAGCCAGUCUCCAGAUCUCAACCCCAUAGAAAAUCUUUGGAGGGAGAUGAAAGUCCGUGUUGCCCAGCAACAGCCCCAAAACAUCACUGCUCUAGAGGAGAUCUGCAUGGAGGAAUGGGCCAAAAUACCAGCAACAGUGUGUGAAAACCUUGUGAAGACUUACAGAAAACGUUUGACCUCUGUCAUUGCCAACAAAGGGUAUAUAACAAAGUAUUGAGAUAAACUUUUGUUAUUGACCAAAUACUUAUUUUCCACCAUAAUUUGCAAAUAAAUUCAUUAAAAAUCCUACAAUGUGAUUUUCUGGAUUUUUUUCCCUCAUUUUGUCUGUCAUAGUUGAAGUGUACCUAUGAUGACAAUUACAGGCCUCUCUCAUCUUUUUAAGUGGGAGAACUUGCACAAUUGGUGGCUGACUAAAUACCUUUUUUCCCCCACUGUAUAUCUAACUAGGUCAGGAUAUUUAGCCUCCAUAUAUCCAUUAGUUCCAAUAUAUCUAUGUUUUUAAAACAGUAUUAUAAUCUCCUACCAUAAUAAUCCAGUCUAGUGCUGUUUGCAGGGUUGAUCAUUUAUUGUAGAUAUUUUCAAACAAACGUGGAUCAUCAUUAUUUGGUACGUGAAGGUUAAUGAGCCGUAUCUGUUUAUGGUCCAAUAACACCUUGAUGAUCUGUUUGGACGAUUUGCACAUUUGGAUCAAAAUUACUGUUAAUUGAAAUCAUCACCCCAUUUUGAGUUUCUUUGCCCAUGAGAGAAGUAUAUUUCACCCUUCACCCUCCUCCCCGGUCCAUUUUCCACACAACUUCAUCUAAACUUGUUGAAUGAGUUUCCAAUAAACAAUAGAUAUUAUAUUGGUUCUCUUUGAGCCAGGGAAUAUUGUUAUUUUCUUAUCUGCUAAGCCAUUACAAUUAUAACUGGUCAUUCUUAUUUCACCAUUUACCAUAAUAAGACACAAGUUUCAAAUCUAUUCAUCAUAAUAUAUGUUGGUAAACUCACCAUUAAAAAGUACCAUAGUGAUUGAGUGUCCAAUUAUAAGUGAAAUAAUCUGUCUGUAAACAAUUGUUGGAAAAAUUACUUGUGUCAUGCACAAAGUACAUGUCCUAACCGACUUGCCAAAACUAUGGAUUGUUAACAAGAAAGGUGUGGAGUGGUUGAAAAACGAGUCUUAAUGACUCCAACCUAAGUGUAUGUAAACCUCCGACUUCAACUGUAGCUGUACCAUGAUAUUUGCAUUGAUACUAAGUAAACCUCUAAUUGUUCCCCACUAUUCCACCUUCUAAAACCCUUCCCCAUCCCGAGUUGGCUUGUCAUCCCAGUGACAGACCACCCCGACCCCCCCGGAUCCCAGGGCCCCCGAGAGACCGGGACCCAUCCUUGGAAAUGAGCACACAGUGCCACCCACAGAACAGAAGCAGAUGAGCCGCCAAAAGCAUUUCCAUCACCCUCACCUUCAUUUGUAUUAUAUAUCGCUAUUACAAAUUAUAUAUUCAAAAAAUCCUGCUGAUCUUAAAUUUCCAUAAUUAUCAAUUAAUAUUUGUAAUAAUGUAGGUAGUACAUGCAAAGGAUUGUUACCUCUUACCAGUAUUUCCAUUACAAAAAGUACAUUUAGGCAAGCAAUUAUUAUUAAAGCAAACAAUUAUUAUGAUUCAUCCUAUAUUGUCCCUAACAUCUUUAAUUCCCUAGCAGGGGGAAGAUUGACCACUGAGAACACACACACACACACACACACACACACACACACACACACACACACACACACACAACCACUUUCCCCCACUAACAACCAUAAACUCAGAUGCUCAACAGUUGUUCCAUAUGGAGUGACAUGAGUAGCUAAUAUUUAUAAACUGGAUUCUGUAAAGAGAUGAAAACAUGAUAAAUUGUAUGUGCUAUUCAGUACUAUAAUUUUGAGUCUGUAUAAUAGAUUUGAUAAAGUAAUAAUAAUAUAAAACUAUAGCUGUGUUCGAAUACUCACACUGACCAUACUAACCACACUAACCGUACUAUUUGUGACGUGAAUUGAGUAUAUAGGAUGCUAAUUGGUCAUACAAUGGAUAUAGUUAGUUUGCCAAAAGUUCCCGGAUGUCGAACAAAAUUCACCAAAAUACGAAGUAUGCAUGCAGUGGACACUUGUUUCGUCCUUUUAGGGACCAUAAUGCAAUUCUUAAGAAAUGGGCGUGGCUUCACAACGUUUUCAGAUUUGAAGAAAAUGUAGGAAAAUAUUUUUUAUUUUACCUUUAUUUAAAUAUGCAGCCGGUGAGAGUGGAUACAAAUUCAUUGCUUUAACUAAUUUUCACAAAUGUUAACAAAAUGUUGAGCAAUGUAAUAAAGAAAUUACUUUUCAAAUAAGUUACAAUGCACGUUAUGUUGGCUGACAGUUUGCUAGCUACGCUAUCCUUACUAUCCGCAUAGCAUUACAUCAAUAUGUGCCGGUGGGUUAGCUAGUUACCUAACGUUAGUCGUCUACUAAUACAUCGAACUUAUCAGGCAGUAUAUAACAUUUCUGCUAUCUAACAAACUACCCAACAUUUAUUGACUUGAUUAUUCACAUCAUUCUUAGCUAAGUGGUAUAGUUGUUGUGGUUUCAAUGGACAUUGUUCAUUCUGGCUAUCUACUCCCGUUUCAGAGCAUUCUCACGCAGAAUAACUGAUGAAUUUACGAACGCUCAACACCCGUUGAAUAUGGCCGGUGUCAGUAAACGUCGGCAAAACAAAGCGUAAUUAAAUUGUUGCCAGCAGCACAGUUACCAGCGCUCUGGAUAAAAAGGAAACAGCCUAACCAGCUCUGAUAGGGUGUCGCCCAUCUUCCCCAUUAUCCCCUGGGUACUUAUACCUGUGUUCUCUGUUUGUCUGUUGCCAGUUCGUCUUGUAUGUCAAGUCAACCAGCGUUUUUGUCUCAGCUCCUGCUUUUCCCCAGUCUCUCUCUUCCUCGCCCUCCUGGUUUUGACCCUUGCCUGUCCUGACCCUGAGCCCACCUGCCUGGCCCUGAGCCUGCCUGCCUGACCACUCUGCCUGGCCCUGAGCCCGCCUGCCUGACCACUCUGCCUGGCCCUGAGCCUGCCUGCCAUCCUGUACCUCUGCCCCUACUCUGGAUUACCGACCUCUGCCUGUCCUGACCCUGAGCCUGCCUGCCAUCCUGUACCUUUGCCCCACUACUAUGGAUUAUUGACCCCUCCCUGCCUUGAUCUGUCAUUUGCCCGCCCCUGUUGCUGUAAUACACAUUGUUACGUCAACACAGUCUGGGUCUUACCUGAAACGUGAUAGAAUGGUAAUAUGUUGUUAGUGGGUUUUUGAAUAGCACUCUGAUAAUGCCAUAUUUUAGUGAAUUGAAGAAGCUGGGGUUUCAAUACAAGGUUAAAUAAUGAAUAGGUUUGAGCUUUCAGACUGACAAAAUAGAUAAGCUGCUAGUGACAGGAAGUAGUACUCACUGAACUCAAACAGACUGUAAGGGACAAAAUGGGACAUUUGGAGCAGAGGUAUAAACAGCUGAAUGGGAGGUAAUGUCAUCUAUAACAAUCAUCUGUUUCCAUUACAUGGAACAGUGUUUAAAAUAAAGUUAGUCCAAGUAAUGUUUUAUUAUUGAAUAUUAAGCUGAUAAGACAGAACCAACUUGUUGAAGGAUCUAAUAGAUGUGAUAAACAGGGUUUAUAUUUAGACUAAAUCAAUGAUAAGACAGAACCAACUUGUUGAAGGAUCUAAUAGAUGUGUUAAACAGGGUUUAUAUUUAGACUAAAUCAAUGAUAAGACAGAACCAACUUGUUGAAGGAUCUAAUAGAUGUGUUAAACAGGGUUUAUAUUUAGACUAAAUCAAUGAUAAGACAGAACCAACUUGUUGAAGGAUCUAAUAGAUGUGAUAAACAACAGGGUUUAUAUUUAGACUAAAUCAAUGAUAAGACAGAACCAACUUGUUGAAGGAUCUAAUAGAUGUGAUAAACUACAGGGUUUAUAUUUAGACUAAAUCAAUGAUAAGACAGAACCAACUUGUUGAAGGAUCUAAUAGAUGUGUUAAACAGGGUUUAUAUUUAGACUAAAUCAAUGAUAAGACAGAACCAACUUGUUGAAGGAUCUAAUAGAUGUGAUAAACAACAGGGUUUAUAUUUAGACUAAAUCAAUGAUAAGACAGAACCAACUUGUUGAAGGAUCUAAUAGAUGUGAUAAACAACAGGGUUUAUAUUUAGACUAAAUCAAUGAUAAGACAGAACCAACUUGUUGAAGGAUCUAAUAGAUGUGAUAAACUACAGGGUUUAUAUUUAGACUAAAUCAAUGCAACAUGUUGAAAAUAGGGCUCUGGGAUUGUUUUAUUUUCUGAGUUUUAAUUGACACUUAAAUUAUUUUGAAGAGAAAUGUACUGAAAAAAAAUAUGUAAACCUGCUAUACAAAAUGUAUGAAAUGUUUUAAAUGUUUUAAAAUAAUUAGUCUGAGGUCGGGGGAAAGGAAAAGGAAAGAAACAGUAAUUUAAAGGGGUUGAAUGACCUCUGACCUGACUUUAUAGUGUGGUUUGAUACAAUUAUUUCAUUAUGGAGUUAUUAAAGGUAGUAAUUCUAA